AUGUUGUUGCUUUCCCGUCUUGCUGUCUUGACAGCACUCAGUGGCAUAGCUACUGCCAUUCCUUCCAAAUCGCCCAGAAAGAGCCACGAUCCUGCAACUUCAUCUGGUGUUGUUAAUACUACCACUUGUGGCGGUAACACGUAUAUCUAUCAGGAAUUGGCUGGGUAUGGCUUUGUGAAAAGUGAUGCCAGAGACAAGUUCGGAGAUACACUCGGCGGACUGGGCAGUUCCAUAGCCAUUGACCAGAAGAGUUGGAAGAAGUGUGGUGGAAACGGGAAGAACGGUGACUCGUACAAAGGUGUUUUGUGGGCUUUGCCUGGAUGGAACACACAAGGCACUCUGAACUUCCAGAACCGCGUCCACAAGUUUGAGAUCAGUUUGCAACUGCAAGACAAUGCGACUGUUGCCUCGCCGUCAGGCCCUAACUUGCACUUCACAUACGUGGAUACGGUCCGCUUCACUGAUCCCAAGGGGACUCCUGUCACUGGUCUAGACCCUGAUGCUACUGGCCCUUACCCCCAAUUCUCUGGUUUCUCUGAUUUGCCCGCUGCCACAUAUACCGGCGAUGGCUUUGGCAACAACGGUACAGGCGGCCAUCGCGUCUCCGUGGAUUCCGAAGGCCUCAUCCUGAAUGCUGAUGGCACAUUCUGGGUUUCUGAUGAAUAUGGCCCGUACAUUUACAAAUUCUCUGCUACCGGAAAGAUGCUUCAGGCCAUUCGUCCUCCCAAUGCAUACAUCCCCCUCCGCAACGGCACGGAAAGUUUCAGUGCCGCUUCACCCNCCAUAUACAACCCUGACGAGGAAAUCACCCCCGAGGAUCCCACACAAGGACGAGCCAACAACCAAGGUCUCGAAGGCCUCACCGCAUCUCCUGAUGGCAAACACCUCUACGCACUCAUGCAAUCAGCACUCGACCAAGAAGGCGGCCUCAAGAAGAAAAACAGACGCUACACUCGUCUACUACAAUACUCUACCCCAUCAUCUGCCUCCUCAACACCAGUCUACGAAGCCGAAUACGUGGUCCCCUUACCCCUAUACAACGACGACAGUGUAGCCGGACAAUCAGAAAUCCACUUUUUGACACCAACACAAUUCUUCAUUCUCGCACGCGACUCGGGCGCUGGACACGGUCAAGACUCUUCCAUGAGUGUUUAUCGCCACAUUGACAUUUUCGACAUCUCCAAUGCUACGAAUAUUGCUGGUGUUGCUAAUGAUGCGUUCAAUGCUUCUAUUGCUUCUUCUAAAGGAAAGCUCAAUGCAAGUGUGCAACCGGCAACUUACUGCUCCUUCCUCGACUUCAAUGUCAACACCCAACUCAACCGAUUCAGUGUCCACAAUGGGGGUGCUCAGGACGCUGGACUCCUGAACGAAAAGUGGGAGUCUAUUGCCACUGUUCCUGUGGGCAAUGGCAAUGACGGCGAGUAUUUUGUAUUCUCGCUCAGCGACAAUGAUUUCAUCACGCAGGAUGGGUUUAUGGAUGGUGGAAAGUAUCCGUAUAAAGAUGCUUCGGGGUACAAUCUUGACAACCAGGCGCUGGUGUUCAAAGUCCAGAUGCCCAAGGGCGUGCAGCCUUGA